AUGGGCCCCACAGUCACUUCCCUGAUCUCCAUUGGGCUGUGUGUGGACUGGGCUGUGAGGGCACAGACUGACUCCCUUCCCAGGCCAAUCCUCUGGGCUGUCCCUAGUCCUGUGGUCCGUGGGGGAGCAAUUGUAACCCUGAGGUGCCAGGGCCAUCUGGGGAGUGAACGAUUCCAGCUCUGGAAGGAUGGAGAGCUCAGAGAUGAGAGAAAUGCCUCCUGGCAGCAGGCAGAGUUCGUGCUCAGGAAUGUGGAUGACUCAAGAGAUGCAAGAAGCUACAGCUGCCGCUCUGGGCAGGGGUCCCUGUGGUCAAAGCUCAGUGAGCCCCUGGCCCUGGUGGUGACAGGAAAGUUCCCCAGGCCCAAAAUUUUGGCCCAACCUGGCCUUGUCAUGAUCCCAGGAGCAAACAUCACUCUCUGGUGCUCGAGGCCCAAGCUGUCUUCCCUUGAAGAGGUGACUUUCACUCUGUGGAAGGCUGGAACCCAGAAGCCCUUACAGAACCAGGACUCUGCAGAUCUCUGGACUAGCUUCCUUCUCCCAUCUGUGAGACCCGAGGACACUGGGACCUACAGCUGUACUUACAGGGAAAGGAGAGUGUCUUCUAGAAGAUCAGAAGCCAGUGAGGCCCUGGAGCUGGUGGUGCCAGGAUCUCUCCCCAAGCCUUCCCUCUCAGCCCUCCCAGGCCUUGUGGUGGAGCCUGGGAUGCAUGUGACUCUCCAGUGCUGGCAGCCCCCUCAAACAUUCCUCAGUGGCCUGACCUUCACUCUGCUUAAGGUUGGGACCCCUCAGCCCUUGCAGAGCCAGAGCCCAACUGGGACAUCAGUUGACUUUCCUCUCCUCUCUGUGAGGGCCCAGGAUGCUGGCAAGUACAGCUGUGUCUACUAUGGGAGGAUGGCUCCAUACCAGGUGUCUGAGACCAGUGAGGUCCUGGAGAUCUGGGUAACAGAUGGACUUCCCAAGCCUUUCCUCUCAGCCUGGCCUAUCCCAGAGGUGGCCUCAGGGUCUGACAUGACCUUCCUGUGCCAGGGGCCCUCAAGAGGUCCUAGGUUUGUUCUGUACAAGGAGGGAGAUGAGAAAAACCUACCAAGCAUGGAUACUUCUCAAGGUGGGGCCCAGUUCUUCUUGACUCAGGUGCACCCCAAGCACUCAGGCAAUUACAGCUGCAGAUACCAAAUCAACAGCAAUCGAAGUCUCUGGUCACAACACAGUGAACCCCUGCAGCUCAUAGUGACAGGUUCAGUGCCCAGUAACGCCCUCCUCAUCACCCUUAGCUGUGUUUCCUUUAUCCUCCUCCUCCUCUGCCUUCUCUUUCUGGCAAUCAUCUGCCAACGAUCCAUCCCAGUGGAGUCUUCACAAGGACAUAGCCCAAGUAGGUGCCUCUGUUGCCCUUGUCUUCCUUGGAGUACCUGCCUGCCACAGCACCCUGAGGUCCCCAGAGGGGGAGUCCUGUAUGCAGAAGUGGCCAAGGAGAGACCAAGGGAAUCAUCGGUCCCCAUGGUUGAAGGCUCCCAAGGAGUGACCUACACUCAGCUGAACAUAAGAACCUUGAAUAAGAGGAAAGCCAACACUGAGGAGACACCCAUAGAGCACACCCUCUAUGCCACUGUGGCCCUGAAGUAAUGUUUGAGGCACCAUUCCCAAAAGAAUUCUCUCCCUUCUC